AUGUCCGAACCUCUAACUAUUGCCAUCGACCCGGUGGCCUUGGUGACUACCGAAUGUAUCACCGUCACCUCGUCCAUGCGGAAGCAUGCCCGCUGGGCGCACUCCUCCGUCUCCGCCAUCCUGGGCGGCAAUGGAGGGUCCCGGGUCUAUGAACGGGAUACCUCGGCGCCGCCGAGUCCACGCAAGAGCAGCCAGUCGACGAGAAUUGGCGAGGAGGACCAUGCAUUGGCUAAUCGAUGGGGCCUACGAGGGAAGAAAGGCAAGAGCAUGCAGGACAACCCGUUGAUAUCAGCCUUUACCCGCCUGCGGAGUGAUCUCAAGGGCUGCAAAGAUAUCCGAACAUUCGAUACUCCAGCGCUCCUCCAUCCGUUCCUACAAGUCGUCCGCUCCUCCUCGACCUCCGCCGCAAUCACCUCCCUCGCAUUGGUUGCCAUCACCAAGUUCUUCUCCUACAACAUCAUCAAUCGAGACUCGCCCCGCCUACCAAUGGCCAUGCAGCUCCUCUCCGCUGCAAUCACACACUGUCGAUUUGAAGCGAGCGAUUCUUCGGCAGAUGAGAUCGUGCUCCUACGGAUCUUGAAAUUGAUGGAGGGCAUGUUGUCACGGCCGGAAGGAGAGCUUCUGGGCGACGAGAGUGUCUGCGAGAUGAUGGAGACGGGACUGAGCAUGUGCUGUCAAGGUCGGUUAUCAGAAGUGCUGCGGAGGUCUGCAGAGAUGGCCAUGGUCAACAUGUGCCAAGUCAUAUUUAUGCGGCUGUCACAUCUUGAUCAAGAGAUACCCCCAGGCCCCGAUCCAUUUGCAGAUGAACGUGUGAAGAAGGAUGUGUCAAACUUGAAGAUGGACCCUUCUGUAGAUGGUGAUACUGUGACAUCUCAACAUCAAUCGGCAAUGAGCUCGGACACGGCAGCCCCAGAGCGAGAUAGCACCAGUCGAGAGGGUUCGCCCGAACAAGCAGGUAGCGGGGCUACGCCUGCUGCCACUGCACCACCCACUUUGCAGGGCGACAGCGACAGCGAGAUCCGACCCUACUCUCUACCCUCGAUUCGAGAGUUGUUCCGCGUCUUGAUCGACCUUCUCGACCCCCAUAACCGUCAACAUACCGACACCAUGAGAGUGAUGGCUUUGCGCAUCAUUGACGUUGCUUUGGAAGUGGCCGGUCCAUCUAUUGCUCGACACCCCAGCUUAGCUGCUCUGGCUAAGGAUGACCUCUGCCGCUAUCUAUUCCAAUUGGUCCGUUCAGAGCAGUUAGCUAUUCUCAAUGGUUCUUUGAGAGUCGCGGGGACGUUAUUGUCAACAUGUCGAUCUGUGUUGAAGCUGCAGCAAGAGCUCUAUCUCUCUUAUCUGGUGGCUUGCCUUCAUCCCCGCGUGGAGAUCCCCCGUGAGGCAGGCAUUGACCCCUCUCUUUACGAGGGAGUACCCCAGGCACCAAAACUAGUCAAACAACCAUCUUCCCAAACCAAUAGUGGCCGGUCCACUCCAGUCCCCGUGAAGGAUCGCCAAAAGCUCGGUCUUGAAGGCGGUUCUCGAAAACCAGAAGCUCGGGAAGCCAUGGUUGAAAGCAUAGGAGUUUUGUCGCGGAUUCCUAGCUUUAUGGUGGAGCUUUUCGUCAAUUAUGACUGCGAAGUGGAUCGGGCUGACCUGUGUGAAGAUAUGAUUGGGUUGCUUUCUCGCAAUGCCUUUCCAGACUCGGCAACGUGGAGUACUACAAAUGUGCCCCCGUUGUGUCUCGAUGCCCUCCUCGGAUAUGUGCAGUUCCUUUAUGAUCGCAUGAAUGAUGAGCCCGUACAAGGGGAUUAUCCUCCACUGGAGCGCCUUCGAAGCCAACGGAAAACAAAAAAGCACAUCAUCAAGGGCGCGCAAAUGUUCAAUGAGGAACCCAAGGCAGGAAUUGCUUAUCUUGCAAACCAUGGGAUUAUCGAAGACUCCAAAAACCCCGUGCAGGUCGCCCGUUUUCUCAAGGGAACGGGGCGCUUGUCAAAGAAGGUGCUUGGUGAAUUCAUUUCCAAACGAAACAAUGAAGACUUAUUGGGAGCGUUCGUAGACCUCCUAGAUUUCUCCGGGAGAAACGUGGUUGAAGCACUGCGGGAGCUGCUCAGCUCGUUCCGCUUGCCUGGCGAGUCACCCUUGAUUGAACGCAUUGUGACAACUUUCUCGGAACACUACACGGAGAAGGCGAAGCCUAAGGACAUCGCGGACAAAGAUGCACUCUAUAUUCUGACCUACGCGAUCAUCAUGUUGAACACUGAACUAUACAACCCCAACGUGAAGUCACAAAACCGCAUGACUUUCCCCGCCUUCGCAAAGAACCUACGCGGCGUCAACGGGGGCAGUGACUUUGCAGAGGAAUUCCUCCAGGAGAUCUAUGACUCCAUCAAGGAGAACGAGAUCAUUUUGCCUGAUGAGCACGAAAACAAACAUGCCUUUGACUAUGCUUGGAAGGAGCUUCUCCUUAAAUCGUCGACUGCUGGUGAAAUGGUGGUAGGCGAAACCAACGUCUAUGAUGCGGAGAUGUUUGAAGCAACCUGGAGACCGGUUGUUGCUACUCUCUCUUACGUUUUCAUGUCUGCCUCUGACGAUGCCGUUUACUCUCGCGUGGUCAAUGGAUUUGACCAGUGUGCUCAAAUUGCUGCGCGGUACGGUUUAACAGAGUCCUUUGAUCGGAUCGUCUCCUCCCUUGCUUCCAUCAGCACCUUGGCGACGAGUAAACCUCCAAGCACUGCGCUCAACACGGAAGUGCAGGCAGGGAAGAAGAGUGUGAUGGUCAGUGAAUUGGCUGUGAAGUUCGGACGGGACUUUAGAGCACAAUUGGCUACUGUGGUCCUGUUCCGAGUCUUGGCGGGCAACGAGUCCACGCCCAAGCAAGGCUGGGAGCACAUCGUGCGCAUUCUCAGCAACCUCUUUAUCAACUCUCUUAUUCCGCCAUUCGACUCUCAGCUCACUGCUCAGCUCGAUAUCUCCCCCAUUCCCCUGCAGCCCCCAUCACAAAUUGUCGACCGAGAUGGACGGGGUAACGAAACCGGUCUGCUAUCUGCUUUUACAUCCUAUCUAUCAAGUUAUGCAGCCGAUGAUCCUCCUGAGCCAUCCGAUGAAGAGCUCGACAACACUCUUUGUACCGUGGAUUGUGUCACCGCAUGCUCUAUUCCUGAGAUUCUGACCAACAUCAAAUCUCUACCUCUUUCUUCACUGGAGUCACUUGUGGGGGCCCUUGUGUCCCAGCUACCGGAAGAAAAUGCACCCGCUGUAAUUGUUGUGAAACCUGAACGCCCAAGUCCUGUGUCGAGACCUACGAGCACUAGGGUUGACCCCAACCGGCCGAAGUAUGAUCCGACUAUGAUUUUCCUCUUAGAGCUGGCGACUGUUCUCACUCUUCGUGACGACAAGACUCUCGAGAGCCUUGGUGAAUCAUUGGCAACUACGCUCCAGACCCUCGUUCGCGAUGCCAAGAACCUUCACCCGUUGACCGUAUCUCGCAUCGUGUCCUACCUGCUUAACCUGCUCCGACUAAGCCACGACCAGCAUUUCCUGCGGGUACCUGUUGUGCUUCACGCGAUUUCCGGGUGGGACCAAGAUGUCUUGGAGACCGUUGCAGUGCCGACGGUGAAGGGCCUGUCGCGAUGCAUCUCCCACACCGGCCGCUUGAGAAAUGAGAUUACUAUAUCUCCCGAUUUUUGGUCCAUCUUGCAACGGUUGCACCAACAUGGAGAGGCCGCUCCGCUGGUGUUCGAGUUGCUCGAGAGCAUUGUCCACUCUAUGCCCGACAUUAUCACGGCCGACAACUACGAAUCGGCCGUUGCUCUGGCAAAUGACUUUGUCCGUGCGGGCCAUGUAGGGUCUAUCGAUGAGCGCCAAAGGGAUGGCCAGGCUCGACGGAGCAAGGGUGUCAAACAACCCAAGCCAAGUGAAAACCAAAUCGUUUCCCGCGGCAUCAAAGCUAUUGGCUUGAUCUAUCACCUGACUGGGCGAGUUCCCACGCUUAUCAAGCAGUCCCAUCUUGAAGAGCGUGAAGCCUGGUCUGCAUACUGGUCUCCCAUUUUCGAAUCCCUUCGCGGUCAAUGCACCAACCCAUGCCGUGACAUCCGCCAUCAUGCCAUUUCUACUCUUCAACGAGCUCUCCUGUCUGCUGAGUUGAUCUCUGGUGAUGACAAGGAGUGGGCCACCAUUUUUGACGAAGUUCUCUUCCCCCUCAUCUUGCGCCUGCUCAAGCCAGAGGUCUACCACUCCGACCCCUUCGGGAUGGGUGAGACUCGAGUGCAGGCGGCGACACUGGUCUGCAAGAUUUUCCUUCGCUUCCUCGAUCAGCUUCCCAACCGAGAAGGCAUGCUUCCUCUCUGGCUCCAGAUCCUGGAUAUUCUUGACCGAAUGAUGAACAGCGGUCAGAGUGACAACCUGGAAGAAGCCAUUCCCGAAAGCCUAAAGAACAUUCUGCUCGUCAUGGCAGACGGAGGAUAUCUAGUUCCUCCGUCGCAAGACCCCAGUAAAGAGGAGAUGUGGAUGGAGACUCGCAAGCGCCUGGAACGAUUCCUACCGGGCCUUUUCGUCGAGAUUUUCCCGGAUUCAGCCAAGGAGCAGCCAGGGUCCGCUGCUCUAUCACCGACCCAACCGGCCAACGAUACUGGUGAUAAGAAGAACGAGGAAUUUACGCUGUCGCCCCAAGAAGCCGGCAAUGAUGCCACAGAAGUCGCCCCUGCUGCUGUUGCCAACCCAGCUUCUGAGCAAGUUGUCUCAUCCUAG